AUGCCUUCGGCCUGCCUGUCUACGUCCCCUUCAGACAGCAAAGAGGAUGACGUAUUCAGCAGGUGCCCUUUUAUACUUCCGGGCAUCCCACCUAUGACAUCAUGGGCCAGGGAUCUUUCCAACAACAGGAUUGGCUGUUUCUCUGCUGAUAUGUUUCUUGAUCUCAGCCGUCUCUCCAAACUGAAUUUGUCUGGGAAUAUAUUUUCCACUCUGCAGGAGGGUUUGUUCACACACGCCCCGUCUCUUAGAGCGCUGCACGUGGGCACAGACUAUCUGUUCUGUGAUUGUCAGCUGCGCUGGUUGUUGUCGUGGAUCAGAUCUCAGGCGGUGCGUGUGGGGAAUGAAUCCGUAUGCAUGUAUCCGGCUCGUCUUCAUGGACUGGAGCUGCGCAGUCUUCAGGAGCAGCAGUUCACCUGCGACGGCCCCCUGGAGCUCCCCGUCUCGCAGCUCAUCCCGACCCAGAGGCAGCUGGUGUUUCGCGGGGACCGUCUGCCGCUUCAGUGCACCGCCUCAUACCUCGACCCAUCUGUCAGACUGUCCUGGAGCCACGAGCAGCGUCCCGUCCACACGCUGGAGGACAGAGGGCUGUACGUGGAGGACAGCAUCAUUCACGACUGCUGCCUCAUUACCAGCGAGCUCAUCCUGUCCAACAUCGAUGCCGGCGUUUCCGGAAAUUGGCAGUGUCACGUGACCAGUUCCCGUGGCAACAGCUCAAUCGGCAUGGAGAUCGUGGUGCUGGAGACGACGGCGCUGUACUGCGCAGCCGAGAGGGUCAGUAGCAACAAGGGCGACUUCAGGUGGCCGAAGACAUUGGCUGGUUUCAUGGCCUUCCUGCCAUGUGCCGUGUCCAGCUCUAGCUCCGCCCCUCAGGAGAAGAGGGUGUGGUCCCGCUCUGACUCCACCCCUCAGGAGAAGAGGGCGUGGUCCCGCUCUGACUCCACCCCUCAGGAGAAAAGGGCGUGGCGCAGGUGCGACCGCAUGGGCCGCUGGGCGGAGCACGACUAUAACCAGUGCUCAUACGUGAGCCAGUUCACCCGCAGCCUGCAUGAGCUCACACAGGUGUGUACCUUCAUCAUCAUCAUCAGCAUCAGCAUCAGCAGCAGCAGAAGUGAGUGUUUUAUUGCAGUCUCAGACCGGUGUUAUCCUGCUUGGUCCCGCUCUGACUCCACCCCUCAGGAGAAGAGGGCGUGGUCCCGCUCUGACUCCACCCCUCAGGAGAAGAGGGCGUGGUCCCGCUCUGACUCCACCCCUCAGGAGAAGAGGGCGUGGUCCCGCUCUGACUCCACCCCUCAGGAGAAGAGGGCGUGGUCCCGCUCUGACUCCACCCCUCAGGAGAAGAGGGCGUGGUCCCGCUCUGACUCCACCCCUCAGGAGAAAAGGGCGUGGCGCAGGUGCGACCGCAUGGGCCGCUGGGCGGAGCACGACUAUAACCAGUGCUCAUACGUGAGCCAGUUCACCCGCAGCCUGCAUGAGCUCACACAGAUGUCGGUGAACGUCUCCAGCGCUCUGGCGUUGGCGCAGCAGCUCUCAUCUCUCACCAGCAGGGCGGCGCUGUUUGGAGACAUGAUGGAUGUGAUAUUUGUCACUCAUCUGGUAGAAAGACUCACACGCCUGCUGGAUCAUGUGAGAGAGGAACAUGUUCUCUGGAUGGCUCAGAACGAGGCUCGAGCGUGUUCACGGAUCGUCCAGUGUGUGGAGCGGAUCGCAGACCUCGCGCUCAGCGCAAACACCACCCGCAUCUCAAAGGUUUCGGCUAACAUCGCUCUGGAGGCGCUGGCGCUGCGGCCUGACGCUCUCAUGGGUUUAUUGUGUACGGUGAUGCAGCGGGCUCCUCUGCUGCGCCCGGUGGCCAAUGCGGGUCACAGCGGCGCCGCAUCCGAGCACAACACCCUCCUCAACUUCACAUGCCACACGGUUAACAUCUCCGGGUCACCCAUGGGUCAGCUCAACCAGGAGUGUGGUUUUGAUGGGCUGAAGCUCCUGAAGGUGUUAAUGACAUCUGCGGCUCUGUCUGGACGUCCAGCUAACACGGUGGCCAUCGCCUCCAUACAUUUCCCGCUGGCUACCCCUCGGUCUGGGGAGAACUGCACCUGUAAGCUGCAGCUGAUCGUCUUCCGCAAUGGAAAACUCUUUCCGUGCACGGGGAAUUCGUCAAAUCUUGCGGACGAUGGCAAGCGCAGAAGCGUUUCGACACCAGUUGCGUUCACCAAAUUAGAUGGGUGUAGCCCCGGGAGCCCCGUGCAGCCGGUUACCGUCGCUCUCCGGCACUUCUCGUUGGGUGUAGACCCCACCGCGGCAUACUGGGAUUUUGACCUGCUGGAUGGACACGGCGGCUGGCGCGCGGAAGGCUGCCACAUAACGGGCUCCGCGCACAACACGACCACCAUCCACUGCGCGCACCACAACAACCUCGCCGUGCUCAUGGAUCUGAAGAAGGUGCUGUCGUUCCCUCCGUAUCCGGGAGAGUUCCUGCAUCCGGUGGUGUACGCCUGCACAGCCGUCAUGCUGCUCUGCCUGUUUGCCUCCAUCAUCACCUACAUAGUCGGUAUCGUCUUGCAUUACUCAUCUCUGUCCACGAUGCUCUGGUUGGGUGUCACGGCACGAAACAUCUACAAACAAGUGUCCAAAAAACCGCAGCAAGCGCAGAACGCAGACCACGCGCCGCCUCACCCCGCCAGAUCACCCAUGCUGAGGUUUUAUUUAGUGAGCGCAGGAGUUCCCUUCAUCAUCUGCGGCAUCACAGCAGCCAUCAACAUCGAGAACUACGGCAGCGGAGAGCAGACGCCAUUCUGUUGGAUGGCGUGGGAGCCGAGUCUGGGGGCCUUCUACGGCCCCGUGGGCUUCAUCGUCCUGGUGACCUGUGUCUACUUCUUGUGCACCUUCAUCCAGCUGCACAAACACCCCGAGCGGAAAUACGAGCUGAAGGCGGUGAGCGAGGAGCAGCAGCGGCUCUCCGACCUCCACCAGGGGGAGCCGGCGAGCGGUCAGUGUCACGGCGGCUGCCCGGGUCUCAUCAACCCGUCCACGCUGGCCAACGAACACUCGUUUAAAGCCCAGCUGCGGACGGCGGCGUUCACGCUGUUUUUAUUCGCAGCCACGUGGACGUUCGGCGCACUGGCCGUAUCGCAGGGUCACUUUCUGGAUAUGAUUUUCAGCUGCUUGUACGGGGCGUUUUCCGUCACGCUGGGGUUGUUCGUUUUGAUUCACCACUGCGCGAAACGCGAUGAUGUCUGGCACUGCUGGUGCGCUUGCUGCCCCGGGCGACGCCCCUCCAACGCAUGCCACGCCCACGGCCACGCCCACAAAGUCAACAUAAACGGCGACGCCCACUCCCACUGCCAUCUGGAUGCCGGGAAACCCGCUUACUGCGCGUGUCGCACCGUCGCGCAGAAUCACGUGACCUGCCUGACACCGGUUUCGCCAUGUUGCGCCGCUCUGCACACGCAGCAGCUCCUAGAGGACGAAACCAGCGCACACGUGCUCCUCCACGCCGACCCUGAGGGAUACCGGCCCGCCGUGCGCUUGCACCGCUGCUCCAAGCCCGUCAGGACUAAAACGAGGCGGCAACGUGAACUAGCGUUCCGUAUUCCCUCUGGCGCCGACGGCGCUAGUGCGCACAGCUCGCGCGCAAACAGCCCACACACCCACGUCUGCCACCUGGCUCACGAAGGGCAUCACAUUUGCCCUCACGAGGCACUCACACUCUGCCACCACCACCAUACAAUCUGUUGGAUGGCGUGGGAGCCGAGUCUGGGGGCCUUCUACGGCCCCGUGGGCUUCAUCGUCCUGGUGACCUGCGUCUACUUCUUGUGCACCUUCAUCCAGCUGCACAAACACCCCGAGCGGAAAUACGAGCUGAAGGCGGUGAGCGAGGAGCAGCAGCGGCUCUCCGACCUCCACCAGGGGGAGCCGGCGAGCGGUCAGUGUCACGGCGGCUGCCCGGGUCUCAUCAACCCGUCCACGCUGGCCAACGAACACUCGUUUAAAGCCCAGCUGCGGACGGCGGCGUUCACGCUGUUUUUAUUCGCAGCCACGUGGACGUUCGGCAUUUUAUUUUAG